AUGGGGUGGUCGGUAUUGUUGGUAUCUGUCUUCUUCUCUUUCGCCGUAGCAGAAGAUCUUCUGACGGCACCUAAAAAUUGCAAAGAAACAUGUAUAACGAAAUUUGACGGAGCUGAAGAGGAUGCUUGCUCCAGAGGAUGUACUUUCUCAAAUAUGCAUUUGUCAUCACAAAUGCCUACUUGUGAACAAUCUUGUAGUGAUACCUACAAAUUGGAUGUAAAGUUGGUGACUGCUUGCAAAGUGGGCUGUGAAACUAAUGGUCAAUCAUCUAUUAAUAUUGGGGUCCUGCCAUUUCCAAGCUUCUUUGGAGCUUUCUUCGACAGAAUCCGUCAAUUGUUGGGAGGUGUAACUGAUGGUCCUGGUACUAGUGUGGAGACUAAAACUGAUAGCGUUGACAGCGCUACUGACCCUGAUUCCGGCAACCGAGUCAUAAUAUCACGCGUUCGCAUAUUCCAUAACAUUGUUCCAAUUGAUACACAAGAAAAUCCAUUUGAAUCACCAUUCAAUAUGAAGCCAUUCUUCAAUUUACAAGACAUAAUUCCACAAAAUAAUGAUGCCUACUAUAAAAACCCAAGAAGAGAUGAAAAGAAUAUUAUCCGUUUCCGUGCUAUCCACAAUGAGGAUGAAUCAAGCUAUCAAGAAGGACAGCCCACAACUGCGGCAAGGGUUACUUACUUCUUCAGGCAUAUUAUGUUCCGACCACUUUUGUUGCCUCUACUUAUUGCACUGUUGCUCGUUAUACUCUUAUUGAUGGUUAAGCUGACUAUUCACGCUUGUCGUUUGCGCGAACAUCGGCACAUAGAGUAUACCCGUUUGCCGACGUAUAUUGAAGCAGUAAAUGUGAAGGUUCCAUUGUAUGAUGAUGGAAUGAAAACUGAGAAGUCCUACGAGAAAGCCCCGAUCGAUGCUUAAUCUCAGUAAAGUGUAUUUCACUCUACUAACUCUUUAAAUAGUUGUGAUAAUAAGGAUAUUAUUCUGUUAUUGUUACGGUAAUUAUCACCUGCUCAUAAACACACUGUUACAUGCAAGUCUUUUGCACGUUUUUUUUCCUUCGACAUAAAUUUUUGUUGUUGUUCUGCUUUAUUCCGUCAUCUGUCAUUUUCACAAAAAACACGUUAACUGAGCUAGCUUAUUUUCCUUUUGUGGGUAUUAUUUUGAUAAGUUUUUUUUUUCGUACUUCAUUUUCUUGUGUUGCUCCUGUUAGUUAUUCAUAAGCACUGAGGCUUUCUUGACUAUGUCAUUAUACUGCAUUAUUCACCAUUACUUUUGCUUAAAUAAAUAUCCUCUCAAAAUACUUUUCUUCAUACUAAAGAAUGCCGUUUGAAAUGUUGUUGUUUUUCUCUGUCAUUUCAAUAUAUUUAUUAUAGUAUUUUUUUAAGUCUGUUUGCUUGGCAUAAGUGGUCGAAUGUAAGAUUCAUAAAAUAUGUUAUGGAGAGUUUUACUAGACAGUUGGACGCUUUCCGAGGAAUCGUGGUUGUAAUUAAGCGUCAAAAUUCAG